ACAUAUAUGUAUAUAUUGUAUAUUGUAUAUUGUAUAUUGUAUAUAUGAGGAAUAUACGCAUGCACUUUUAUUAUACUAACGAUAAGUACGUACAGUAUGAAUGUACGCGCAAGUAUGGCUGUGUAUGCGUGUGUACUUAAAAUGUGUACUAAUAAAUUGCUAGAGGGUAUAACGUUCAGUUUUCAUAGUGUACCGCGAUCGCGAUUCGUAGUAUGCGAUAAUCCUUACACGAUAGGGACAAGUUAAUGAAAUAUCAAUUUGUAAUAAAAUCUGAUUUAUUAAAGCAGAUUUGGUGGCAGUGAAACAUUAACGGUAAAAUUAUUGGUAAAACGUAAUUUCGCUGAAGGAUUAAAGGAAGGAUUAAAGGAAGAAUUAAAGGAAGGAUGUCCGUCACGUCGACACUUGUCCCGAUCGUAAUAAGAUGAUGCUACAGUAUCGAUAUAGAUUUUAUAAAGAAUCGGGAAAUUUUUUACAACACGUAUAACAAUAGACAGAGAAUUAGGAAAUAUUCGUCGACUAGAAGCCGUAAAAGAGAUUGGACAGCUCCUACUCUAGUUUAUUUAUUGCAAGUUAUUUAGAAGCCAGAAAAAUGGCUGAUUGCGCGCUACAAACAGCACUACUAACUACUACGACGCUGCUUUCCCAACUUUUCAACUUGUCAAAUGUACGCGAUACCCUUGCAAUCACUUUUCCUGCCCAUUAUUUCCUCUAUUCUCUAAUUCAUCUUUUUAAUCGUCUUUCGUGUCCGUCUUGAUCAGAAUUUUUCUCUCAUGAUCACGUAAGGAUGAAAAAAAAAAAAGAAAAGACAAGUAGGUAACGGCUUGGUGGGUAUUGGUGAAUCGAGGAAUCGACGAAUCGACGAAUCGAGCACGGCUAAUUACAUUUCCUUUAAUGGAAUUCGACAAUGAUGGAAAUACAAUUGUGGAAUGUCUAUUUGUAAAGAAUUCUUUAGACGAGUCAGGAAUAGUUAUAACGGUUAGAAUGCAAAGGGUAAGGGGUUGAGGCGUAAAGCGAUCGUAUGUAUGUAGGUAAGAUUGAAAUGUUGAAAGCGCAAAGCGAUACCUACAUGUAUAUCGAUCGCGAUGUAUCCUAUUUCGUCGAAACGGAUAGACGGAUCUUGUCUAAUGCAGUAUAGAAAAAAUAUAAGACAGCUUCGUAAUUCGUCUAACAUCAGAAUUCCAGAUAAGUUACUUCUAGGUUGCGCAAUCCCUAUCAAUUUUAUCCAGGUAACAUCCGAUCGAUGUUUCGAGUUUCUGUUACGAAACGCUUGAAACGUUUCUGGUAGGAUACGAAAUAUGCAUCUGCAUGCGUCAAUACUGUUGCAAAAUGCGAGCGACCGUUUAAAAAGCAACCAAACCGGCCCCGCGACACGAACGCGCGCUCUCCAACUCGAACGAUAAACAAACCGAAUAUCGCGGUGCAGCUAAUUGAAAAGCGACGAUUAGUCUUUGUGAAACGAUUGCAGCACACCGUGCCAAUAAGCGGCAGGAUAGUGAAGCACCGAAAAACGGAUUAUUUUUGCGUGCAUCCGUACGAAUCUGAAUCACGGUACGUGGUUGCGAUGCUCUGGUACCAUGGUACCACGGUACCACGGUACCACGAUGCCACGAUGCUACGAUUUGCAGGACAUCGUUGCUUGUCGUUGAUCGUCAUUGGACGUCGAGGAGAAAUUCGUUGUUCCUUGGAGGUGGCUUGACUAUCCGUACCGUACGACUUCGCUAAUCGAUUUACUCGUCUGGAAGAGACAACGCCUACUACUCAAAGGAUGACCACGCCGGAAGAUUCUGCUGUAUGCUCGCCCCAGACGAAGGAUAUCGGUAGAAGACUAGCCGUUCCCAUCAUUCAUACCAGAGGAACUCAUUACGACAUUGGUUUCGAUAUCGGACGCACCUUCUCCGGCUUGAUCCAGGAGUACGUAGAUACGUAUCGACCACUGAACGAAACGUAUCUACCGCUUUACGAGACCGAAACGGGUAGGAAGAUUUACGAAGAAACUCUUGGUUGCGUGGAAGAGCAAUUCCCCGGAUAUCUUCGGGAAAUUCGUGGAACAGCCGACGGUGCAAACGUUCCGUUCCAUAAGCUAUUUCUUAUGCAUUUAGACGACAUCGUACCAAACGUAGCGAACGUAGGGGUACAGAGUAACGCGUUACCGGUUGGUUGCUCAACCAUCGUGUGUAAUCAGCCAGGCCAGGAGAUUUUAGGACACAACGAGGACGCUCUUGGCGAAACUUUGAAUCACUGGUACUUGGUUGCUGGUCAUGUGCUCGAACCAGGAUGCAAGGAAGAACAUUUUACGUCCCUGAGUUACGCCGGAUUCUUACCUGGCUAUACGAUGGGGUACAACCAUCAUGGUCUUGUUUACACUAUUAAUACUCUCAGUGCUGCGAACUUGAGAUCUGGCAAAACGCCCAGGUACUUUUUAACUAGAGCGCUACUGGCUGCGGAAAAUUACGUUCAAGCUCAACAGAUUUUGAGGAACGAAGGUUUCGGCGCGGCCGAAGGAUUCUCGGUAAACAUGACUUUUCUAACGCAAGAAGGGGACAGAAUGUUUCACAAUGCCGAGAUCGGUCCCUGCGACCUCGAUGCCGCGCAAUCGCAAUUAAACAUCUUAACCGUCAGUCCUGGAGAGAACACGUUCCAUUGCAACAAAUAUCUUCGACUGAAAAUACCCGAAGUAAAAGGUCUUAUCAUAGAUAGCAGCGUAAGAAGAAUGGAUACGAUUUGCAAGUAUCCUCCUCCUAAAUCUCGUCAAGAUGUUAUAAAUAUUCUAAGCGAUCAAACGGACAACGAAUAUAGAGUCUAUCAGGAAAUUAAAAAAGACGAUUACGUAAAAACUAUUGCUACCGGUAUCUUUGAUUGUAUCGAAAGAACUUGGUCCAUUUACACGGAUAAACCAAAUUGUACGGAACCGAUUUUAGUGAUACCUUUGCAGCUGUGCGACGAACCGACAACAAUUGCUGCUGUGUAAACUUUACCAUCAAAACUAAUUUUCCCCCCACUAGUGAAUUUCCUUUCGAUAUCAUUAUCGUUUCUAUUUUCACUUUGCUUCUCCACUCUCAAUCCUAUCAACUUAUUUUUACUUAAAAAGGAACGAAUUCGAAAAUCUAUGGAAAUAAUAACAAGAUGUCUCUUUUCCUUUUCUUUACUUUUAUUUUUCUCUUUUUUUCGUUUCUUUUCUUUUCUUUUCUUUUCUUUUCUUUUCUUUUCUUUCUACACUUAUCUUUCUUUCUUUCAUUUGCUUCUUUUCAUCAUUUAUCACAAAUAGUUUGGUAAUUAUUGAAAAAGGAAAUAAGAAAAUUAUGUUACACGUUACACUGUUAAAGAAAAAACAAUAUCUAAAGAUUUAAAUAAGAAUAUAGAAAUAGAUCGUCGUGA